GACAGGUCACUCAUAGAGGGAUUUACUGAAGACUCAAUUUGCCAAGAUGCCUUCAGGGAAGACGGUCAAAUUCAUCCUUAAUGAGGUUCUGCAGUUUGCAUGUCUCUGCAUUCCUGUAUUUGUAGUUAUGGAGCGCUUUGCUUCACUCAUUCGGUCUGUGACGUCGAGCUCCACAGCCUAUUGGCUGGUGGUGGCUGCCUCUGUGGCCUAUGUGGCAUGUGUAACCCUGUUUGUUUGGGUGCCUUUGAAGUACUUCACUCUUAAGACACGACGAUUCUCAGAAGUAACUAACUGGAGACCUGUUACACUUGCAUAUGUGUUGGUCAGCACCUUACCAUGCUUUGCCAUCAUCAUAGCCAGCUCAAAGGUUCAGGUUGAUGCUGGCAUUUGUUAUGACCACUUCACUGAGCUCCCUGUCUCACUGGUCUUGUUCUCCCUCAUUUGUGUGGACAUAGUAGAGAGAAUUCGCCCUCUUCAUCUGACAGGACAGGCAAAUGGAUUAGAGUCAGAAUUUGAGAUGCCGGGCCCAGCGCUGACUCACUUGGAGCAGGUGACAUCAGUGUCUGCACAGCUGCGGGCUAAUGGAGGAGACAGUGGCACAUCUCUGAGGUCACCGGUCUGGAAUGGGUCACCAUCGGGUUACUGGGGUGAUGCAGAUUUGUGCAGCACUUCUCGGGCCAGCAGCGCAGCAUAUCUUUAUUCCUCUCACUCUCACUCUGGUCCUCUGCACUUUCUUUGGAUACGAGACCCUCGUCAUGACCUCUUUGUAGCCAGCUUCAUGUUCUGGUUUGAUACUGUGGAAAUGGUGAGGGUGGCCGGGACACUUUCUGUCUAUUACUCAGGGUGGGUCUUCCCUAUAUACAUACUGGCUUAUAUGGCUGUUCUGCGUGUGGUAAUAACACCCAACAGUCCGUUGCUGGCAUCAUUAAGUAUUUUGUCCCAAGAUUUACCAUUUCUUGUGGUGCGCAUCUGCCUGGUGGUGAUCUUUGGUUAUGUUACUCCCCUACUGUACAUACUAAAGAACAUUCUCGCAACCGCAUCCUUCGUGUACUUCAUCUUUAUGACUAAACUAAAGAUGCUGAAUAGAGGAAGCAUGUUCUGAGGACAUUGUGGAGUCUGGUUUGUGUGGAAAAUGCAGCAGAAGAACGAUUAGGGGUACAAUAUUGAUAAUGUCCUGUAUUUUCAUCUGUAAAUAUGUUUUACUACCAUAUGAAUGUGUAUAAUUGUUGAUUUAUAUUUUACGGAUGGCACAAACAUCUGUUUGUUAUUGUUUCCAGGUAAAGGUUCUGUCGUUCUGUAUUUAUUGAGAAAUAUAUUGGCAAAUGCUGUUUGUGUUCAUAUUUUGACUGAGGCUUUUUUGUGUGUUUUUCUAUGCAUCCAAUUUCUGGCUUAUGUAGUACAUAUACUGCAGUUCCAUACAUCCCCACUGAUCUAAAAUGUUCCUGCCUAAUUUUUAUUUCGAACAUAUAUCAACUUCUUGCACAUGCAUUUGUAUUUAUUUAAAUAUUUAUUGUUGGAUUUCAUUUCAACAUGUGAGUGUAGCUCACGCAAGGAUCAUAUUGACUUAAGAUAAUGCAAAUUCAUCUGACCUGUGUCAUGAAAAACGUAUUGCUUUUUUGUAAAAGGCUUGAUUGUUAAUAAUUUGAUUCUACUCUGACCCAUAUCAUACUACAAAGAGAAGCUUUUCAAAAAUCCCCUUGCAUCUUAUAAAUGAAACCUCAUAUUUCUCAUAUCUUUUUUUUUUUUUUUUUAUUAAAAUACAUUUUUGAAUUAAACA